AUGGCAUGUUCAAAAUUUUUUUCAGGAGAUUUGUCUGAGUUAUUAAACGAAGUCAUACAAUAUUUUCAUUAUGACUAUAAAACAUUACAUUCAUGCAUAUUAGUUAAUAGAUUAUGGUGUCGUUUAGCAAUUUCAUUAUUAUGGGAAGAUCCAUUUUCAAUUAAAUCCCCUAAAAAUUAUCGUUUUAUUGAAAUUUAUUUGUGUAAUUUAAGUGAUGACGAUAAAACAAGAUUAAAUGAAUAUGUAAUCCAUAGUGGCUUAUUUUCUUCAAAUACAUUAUUUAAUUAUCCUAAAUUUAUUAAACAUUUAGAUAUAUAUAAAGUUUAUGAUUCUAUUGAAACGUGGGCAUAUACAAAUUUACUAACUUCACCAACUUCACAAAUAUUAGACUUUAUUAUAGAACUUAUUUUUAGGUCAUUAUUUAUAAUAUUCAUUGAAAAUGAAGUAAAUUUGCAUAGUUUUGGAGUUAUAGUAGAUGGCUAUAAAGAAUUUGAAUGUUUUGGUGCGGCUUUUGAAUUAGUUUUACAAAAUACGAAUUUCGUUUAUAAUAUUAAAAGUUUAACACUAGAUUUUGAUAGUGAAAUAACUGAUAAUAUAACAAAAUUUUUGGAAUUUCUCUGCUCUAAUUGCAAUUCAAUUUCAUCACUUUAUUUUCUACUUCCAAUUAUAAAUAAUGGUCAUCCAAUAAUCAAAAAAAAUUUAUCACAAAUGAUUAAGCUACAAAAAAAUCUUAAAAAGAUUUCAUUUAGUCAUAAUUGCCCUUUGUCUCUACUAUUAUUAUUAAAAAAUUCUAAUUGUUCAAAUACAUUAAAUACAAUUAUAUUUUAUUCUAUUGAUUUUAAAAAUAUGAAUUUUCUAAGUGAAUUAUUUAAUCAAUUGAAUGUUUUAGAAUCAAUUCAUAUUGUUGAUUGUUAUUCUUUAGAUUCUGGAUUUAUUCAACAAAUUAAUAAUGUUACCAAACCAUUUAAAUUAAGAUCUUUAUUUUUGGAUAAAAUGGAUGAAUUAUUAGAUCCAUUAAUACAAAAAUCUGGCAAUUAUUUAGAAAAUUUUAAAAUUACAAAGUGUAAAUCACUACAAUUAUCACAAUCACUCGAAUUAUAUUGUAGCAAUAUUAAGUUUUUAUAUGUUGUACUACAUUUUAAGAAUAUUAAUUUAAUAUUCAAUUUAAUUAAAAAUAUUAGGCAAAAUCUUAAUUAUCUUAUUAUUAAAUCUGAUGGUAAAAUUAAAUUUAGUUCAAAUUUAUUACAAAAUUUAGGACAAAUUCUUCCUUUUAAAUUAGAAUAUUUGAAUUUGGUUCUUGCAACUAAGGGAAGUGAUUUAGAAGUAUUCUUAAAAAGUUCUCAAAAUACUUAUAUUAAAAAAUUGUUAAUUAGAAAUGAUGAAAAUAGUCAUGAUAUUUUACCUUAUAUAAAAGAAUAUAUAAUGAAAAAGAAAAGAGUUAAAUAUUUAGCUAUUUUAGAACUUUUUCAUAGAGAAGUAGUGGAUUUGUUUUCUUUGAAAGAUGAAGUAAAGGAAUUUCAAUUAUAUGAUAUUCAAGUUCUAAAUUAUAAUGAUUCGGCUAUUGGUGUUUAUAAUUUUAUAAAAGAAACUUAUUAG